UAAAAUCCCACUGCCUGUCCUCAGAUGCAGAGGCAGCGCUGCUCACACACACGCAAAGGCUGCACCUGUGGGGAUUCGGGCACGUUCGCUGGCCUUGGCUCACCAGCCGUUCCGCGGCUGCCGCCCGUGAGCUCCCAGCCCGCCUGCCUUUGUUUUACGCCCGUCAUCGGCAGCAGAAUUUGGGCAGCUCUGCGGGACUCGCCACCCGCGCACCAUGCUGGCCGUCGGCCUCUGCGUCUUGCUCCUGUCCUGCUGGCACGCUGAUUCGCUGCCCUUGUCCACCCAGCUCUCGGAGGAAGACGAAAAGGUCAUCAAAUGCAUCACGGAGGUUCUGGCUGACACCCUGUCCAAAUCUAGCCCGGUUCCGGUCGUCAACAACUGCCUGAAGAUCCUGAAAGAAGACGAGCGGGUCCUGGCCAUGCUGCACCAUCACUACCUGCUGAAGGAGCUAAAGGAGCUGGUCCAUGAAGAGAACGCCCACCACCACCCCAGCCCUGGCACCUGGCAGGAGACGGAGGACGGCCCCGAGGGGGACGAGCUGAGGAAGCGGGACAAGCCCCUCCAGCAGAGCUCGGCCGCCUCCGAGAUGGUGGAGGAGAAGGAGGGCGAGGCCCGGAAGGAGGAGUACGAGAAGACGGAGAAGAUCGAGGAGAAGGUGAAAGAGGAGAAGGUCUCGCACGGGGAGGACAGCACCCAGGUGGAGGAGGAGGCCAAGGAGAUCCUGGAGGGUGAGGAAGAGGAGGAGGAGAGGAAGAGGAGGCACGAGGAGGCGAGGCGGGCGCCGCCCAAGCUGAGGGAGACCCGGGGCCCCGGGGCCAGCAAGAAAACGGGGCCGCCAGCCAAGAGGCACUUCAGCCAAGAGGACAGUUCGGAGGAGGAGCUGCCGUACCACCAUGGAGGCCGGCACCACGAGGGGCUAGAGGACUGGGAGCAGGAGGAGGAGGAGGAGGAGGAGCGAUCGGGCCCGGCCCGGCGGAAGGGCGGCCCGGCCAAGCGGAUGGCCGAGAAGGCCAGCGACGAGGAGACGGCCCAGUUCGAGGCGGAGGAGAAGGGCGUGAAAAUCUCCGGCUCGCAGAGCCACCUCCGCGGGGACGGGCGGCUGUGGAAGGAGGGGGAGGAGCGGCACGGCCACCGCCACGGGCCGCCCGGCCACCCGCUGAAGAAGAGGCACCCUGAGGAGGAGGCAGGGCACCUGAAGGGCAAGCACCAUGGCCACCAGGGGGAGGAGGAGGAAGAAGAGGAGGAGGAGGAGGAGGAGGAAGAGAGGGAGGCCAAGAAGGACAAGGAACGGGAGCUGGAGAGGCUGGAAGAGAUCGAGCAUGCGCUGAAGAAGGUGGCGGAGAAGCUGCGGGAGCUGCGGAGAGGGUGACCUCCCCAGCCCCCUUAGGGGAGCGGGGAGCUGUGGGAGGGGGACAAAAAGGGGCGGCCGCCCCUUUAAGAGUCACCCCCUCCCCCCCCACCCAGGCAUCCCCACACACCUGCUUUCUUUGUAUAUAUCCCUCCUCUCCUCUCCCACUCGGCUGUGGACUGUUAUCAACGCCUCGGAGCUUGUGCGUUUCUACCUGCGCCCACCCCCCUCCGUCAGGGACCCAGCGUGACCUGAGGCCAAGGAAAAUAACCAGCCUGCCAACCGACCCCCCCCCCACCCACUCCAUGCAGGAAACGUCCCUCCCGAGCAAUGGAGGGCCAGGGAUGGGGGGGGGCACCCUAGAUCUCAGCAACUGGGCUGCUCUGGGGGUAUCAAGUGGGGGGGAGACCUGCCCGCAGCUGGUAUGGUAUAAGGGUGGCUGCUCUCUGCCCCCCAGGACCCGUCGGGGGCAGAUCAGGGGCGUGGCCAGGGCCCACUGCACUGUGGCUAUUCUCUGCCCCCCAGGGCCCAAGGGGGAGGCGUUCAUUUCGCUUGUGGCCUCUUGUUUAAAGCAGACCCCCCCUCCCCAGGCACCGAAGAAAGGAUAGAAAGAGGAGACCCUGCGGUGCCCGGGUGGGAACCUGGGAGCCUGCCUGGCUCCCCACCCGCUGGGCAAGCCGGGCUCUGACUGCUAACACUCAGCCUCGCGGGCCCCGGGGGCUCUGCGUGGUCCUCGAAAGCUCGGCUUCCCUGACCCCUUCCCCCAUUGCUUGGGGCUCAGGGGUCAGCUCUGCCCGCCUCCCAAGGGGUCAUUUUCACCAGCAGCCGGACGCGCUCAGUCCAUCGGGCCCGGAGGUGGAGGGGAGCUGGCAGGAGGCAGCUGCAGGAGCACCAGGAAAGCCGAGGGGCAGGGCGCCUGCCCUGGGAGACCAUCAGCUGGAGAAGGUACAGCUGACUUUUCCCCGGCUGGCCUGGCUGAUGAGGUCAAGGACCCAGGCUCUGUGCGUCUGUCCCACCUGGGCUGUCCCACUCCCAUCGGCCCGGUGGGGAGGUGCAGGUGCCAGAUCCCACCCCGGCCGCUGAGUUCCCCCUGCAGACCAGGGAGCGAGGUGUGAUCCCUGCUGGGCUAUAGACGGGAACCAGCCUCUCCUGGCCUGGGGUGUGACCGGGGGAAGGCCUGCAGCCCCAGAGGUCCCUCGCACACGGCUCAUCACUCACAGAAAGACGAGGUAAUUCGGAGAGGUCUCUUCGCACGCAAGAAGGCUGGGCUGGGCUGACCCCAGCGUCCCCCCCCGCCGUCCCGCCCUCAGAGCCUGGAGACUUCUAGGGGCGUCAGAGAGGAGACUGGAUGGGUUCGACCCCAGAAGGGUCUGUAAGGGUCUGCUCUCGCCCACGCAGAAUAGAGCCCACGCGGCAGGAACCCACCUCCUGUCGCCCUGUAAGUACAGGCCUUUGCCGCUGGAGCUUGUCCCGUACGUUAGGCAGGGGACAUAGAGAGAAGCCCAUUGUAUUAGCUGCAGGGGUCUUUCUCUCACACACCCACACCCACACCCACACCCACACACACAC